CCUCAGGGAAACCCGCAAACGUUACUACCUACGGGAUGGAUACUUGGGUUUCAACCCUUAACCCCCGCUCAGAUCGAUUCCUUAAACCACCUUUCCCGAAAAAAGAGAAAAAGAGACAUACAUGAUCUCGCAAACUGAUUGAGACAUUCACUCCGUUUCGUUAUCUGACCCAACCGCCGGGUUCGAUUCUUAAUCCCACGACGGCGCCACUUUUAGCAUAGAUUUUUUUUUGGCACCGGGGAGAUGACAACAACCACCGUAACUGGCUCCGGAAGACGCGCAUCUAUACGACAACCAGAGCUGCACGCGCCAGCGAAAACCUCCAGUUCUCAAUCAAUGACUAGUCCGGUGGACAAAUUCCCACCCUUUCAUGAUGAAUUAUACGAUACAACGGAGACGCGCGAGCCACAAUACCCUGCCUCUUCUAUCAGAUAUACGCAGAGCGAUCGCUGGGAACCGCGGAAAGCAAAUUAUGCUCCCCAGGAGGUCGGAAAUGAUCUACCAAGGAACUCUAGGCACAAACCAAGAAAAAGUAUCAGCGAGGCAAUCAGUACUAUUAGAACACGCAAUGACAGCGUGAGCGCCAACGCUCAGGAAUUGGCCCAGGCCCUCGGAGCACCGGUCUCUUAUAAACUGAUUGUUCUCUGCCUCGUCUGGUAUCUCACCUCCGCCGUCACCAACACGUCCUCAAAGUCUAUACUAAAUGCCCUUCCAAAACCCAUCACUCUUACGAUCAUUCAAUUCGCCUUCGUGUCAAUAUGGUGCUUGCUACUCUCAUACCUUGCAACCGUACUUCCUUGGCUCAAACAGAAUGUACCGGCCCUCAAGAAUGGCCUCCGCUACCCAUCACGAGAUAUCAUCGGGACCACACUGCCGUUGGCAGUUUUCCAGCUUGCAGGCCACAUACUCAGCUCCAUGGCGACCUCGAAAAUACCUGUAUCACUGGUGCACACUAUUAAAGGACUAUCGCCCCUUUUCACUGUCCUCGCAUACCGCAUGUUCUUUCGAAUUCGGUAUGCUAAAGCCACUUAUCUAUCGCUUAUCCCUUUGACAUUGGGAGUCAUGCUUGCCUGUUCCACGGGGUUCUCAACCAAUUUUUUUGGCAUAAUGUGUGCACUUGUCGCAGCUCUAGUUUUCGUUUCUCAGAACAUAUUUUCCAAGAAGCUCUUCAACGAAGCUUCUCGUGCAGAAUCCGAACCUCACUCCUCGGACCGACCCAAAUUAGACAAGUUAAACCUGCUUUGCUAUUGCUCUGGUUUAGCCUUCAUCUUAACUUUACCGAUCUGGGUCAUCUCAGAGGGGUAUCCUCUCAUCUCGGAUCUUUUGCAAGACGGUGUGAUCUCUCUAUCGGGCAAGAAGAAUUCCUUAGACCACGGAGAGCUCUUUCUCGAGUUUGUCUUCAAUGGGGUGUCACAUUUUGCUCAGAAUAUCCUGGCCUUCAUCUUGCUAUCGAUGAUAUCGCCGGUGUCAUACUCUGUUGCGUCUUUGGUCAAAAGAGUGUUUGUCAUUGUCGUUGCGAUUGUAUGGUUUGGCAGUUCCACUACGUAUGUACAAGCUUUGGGGAUUGCCCUUACUUUCCUGGGACUGUACCUCUACGACCGCAAUAGCCAUGACGAUUUGGCAGACCAAAGGGCAAAAGCCGAUCACUUUCGCGCAAAAGAGGCCAUUCUGCCCUUGAAUGUCUCGGCGAACAAUGCACGGAAUACUAGUGAGUAUGACUUCUCAUCUGUGAAGAAAUCGGGCCAACCCAUCCCGGAUGAAUCAUCUUCCGUCACAAAUCAUCCUAAAAAAGAGGACGAUCGACCUGGUCACAUCCGCCCACGGGGAAACAGUACUGCUCGGAAUUGGCUGCCCCCUGGCACCAGGCAAGAGACAACCUGGCACCCGAAUGACUCCUAAGCAGUCGUCCCCCUCCUACCCAUUCUUGUCCGUUAAUUUUGGAACCUCGAAGCGUAUUACUGGUGGAUUAUCGUACGGGAUGCGGUCUGCAAAUCGUGAAAGACAUCCUUAUUACAGUGCAAAGACUCAACAGAUAGGUAGAUGUAAAG